AGUGUCGUAAAGGCUGUGCCGAAGCGGCGGCAUGGGGCUGUACGCGGCCGCGGCGGCCGUGCUGGCGGGCGUGGAAAGCCGCCAGGGCUCCCUCAAGGGGCUGGUGUAUUCCAGCAGCUUCCAGAACGUGAAGCAGCUGUACGCGCUGGUGUGCGAGACGCAGCGCUACUCGGCCGUGCUGGACGCCGUGAUCGCCAGCGCCGGGCUCCUCCGCGCCGAGAAGAAGCUGCGGCCGCACCUGGCCAAGGUGCUAGUGUAUGAAUUGUUGCUAGGGAAGGGUUUCCGAGGGGGUGGAGGCCGAUGGAAGGCUCUGCUGGGCCGCCAUCAGGCGAGGCUCAAGGCUGAGUUGGCUCGGCUCAAGGUUCAUCGGGGUGUGAGCCGAAAUGAGGACCUGUUGCAAGAGAGUUCCAGGCCUGGCCAAGCCUGCCAGGUGCCUCGGUUUGUACGUGUGAACACGCUCAAGACCUGCCCUGAGGACGCGAUCGAUUAUUUCAAGAGACAAGGUUUCUCCUACCAGGGUCGGGCUUCCAGCCUGGAGGACUUGCGAACUCUCAAGGGGCAACAUUUUCUUCUGGACCCCCUGUUGCCUGAGCUUCUUGUGUUUCCUGCACAGACAGAUCUGCAUGAGCACCCGCUCUACCACGCUGGCCAUCUCAUCCUGCAGGACAAGGCCAGCUGCCUCCCAGCCAUGCUGCUGGCUCCCCCGCCUGGCUCCCAUGUCAUUGAUGCUUGUGCUGCCCCCGGCAACAAGACCAGUUACAUUGCGGCCCUUCUGAAGAACCAGGGGAAGAUCUUUGCUUUCGACCAGGAUGCUAAGCGACUGGCGGCCAUGGCUACAUUGCUGGCUCGAGCUGGGGUCUCCUGCUGUGAGGUAGCAGAGAAGGACUUCCUGACAGUUUCUCCCUCCGACCAGCGUUACGGCCAGGUCCAGUACAUCUUGCUGGAUCCUUCUUGUAGUGGCUCUGGUAUGCUGAGCCGGCAGCUGGAGGAGCAUGGGGGAGGCACACCUAGCAAGGAGCGUUUGCAGGCCUUGGCAGGGUUCCAGCAGCGGGCUCUGUGCCACGCACUCACCUUCCCCUCCCUGCGACGCCUAGUCUACUCCACGUGUUCCCUUUGCCAAGAAGAGAACGAAGAUGUGGUCCAAGAGGCUCUACGGCAGAACUCAGGGCUCUUCAGAUUAGCUCCUGUCCUACCCACAUGGCCUCACCGAGGUCUGAGUACCUUUCCAGGGUCUGAGCACUGCCUCCGGGCUUCCCCCGAGACCACAUUCACUGGUGGCUUCUUCAUUGCUGUGUUUGAGCGGGCAGAAGUGGUGCCGAGCCCAGACCCACAGGACAAAGCAGUAGCUCCAGAACCUCUCAGCAAAGCUCCAAAGAGAAAGAGAAGACGCAGAGCAGCAGCUGGUGCCAGCGUGCAGCCAAGCACAUAGUGGACACUGAGCCUUACAGCAGACUAUUCUGCGUGGGAACUCCGCUCCCCUGGGAGGGACAGAUGUGGCCCUGUGGGUCCCUUACUGGGCAGGUCUACCAGUUAGGUUCUUUGCUUCACAAAUAAAGGGCCGACAGGUCAAUGACAGAUCACAGUUUUAUUUUUAAUGACAUAAGCAAGAACAAUCUCACAUUCAUACUAAAAAUCUCAGCUACACUCACAGGAACUCAGUCCUGGUAGGAAGCCCCAGCCUCCCUGUCCCUGUCCAGCAUGAGCACGGACAAAUGUGCUCACACACCGAGGCUAUGCCAGGACGCCUCUUCAGGGGCCCUGGAUGCAGGCCUGCUGUGGAGCUGAGGUAAUUAGCUCAGACUGAAUUACAGGGAGGCCCCUUCCUUACCUGAGGCACAGGUAGAGGCUUCCUGUGCAGACCCCACCCGUCCUCACAGGCAUUUGGGACUUGAGGUCCGGCUCUUCCCCCAGCUCCACACAACCCAGCCUAACCCCUGCCAGUCACAAAGGGAAGGAACCAGUUACAGCUACAUCACAUUGUUUAUAAAGUAAGAAUUACACUUAUACGACAUGUCCAGAAGGAGCUUUGCCCCCUUAGGAGAGCUGCCGGGGACAGCCAUGAGCCCCUCCUUCACACAGGCCUAACUAUACGGCUAAUUCCUACUAUUCAAUAGCAUUUAUACUUAACCACCUCAGUGAACCAAGCUUGAAGGAAUUUAAAAGGCAAUUUAGCUUAAAUAUAAAAAUAAAUUUUUA